CUUCAAACUUUGAGUGUCAUACUUACUUUUCCUUCUGCACGGUUGAGUCCAUUACGAGAUUAGGAUUACACCUCUCUCCGAGAUUGCUGCGCCCGUCUGCUAUACUCGCUCGUCACUGCGAGCAUUUCAUGCCCCUAGACUUCCGCAAUGUCCGUAACAAUGAGAUCGGCCAGGCUUAUGCGCACCAAUUCUGUACGCCCCAGUCUGAUCGUCCGACCACGGUAUAACGGCGCCCUGGGCGCUGCAUCGGCCGCAAAUCUCCGGUUUAACGGACAAGGGUUCCCAACGCACCUACAGGCUAUUGCGAUCUUGGUCUCUCAUCAGCGCGGCUAUGUCACAGAAACUUCUACCUCGACAUCUUCUGCCUCCAACCCAUUGCCGCCUCCAGGCUUUAACGCCGAACAGGCCAAGAAGCCCAUUCGCAAGGAAGAUGCGUCGCGACUUGGGGCUGACAACGGGAGCACGCAGGUCGCUCCCAAGCCAGAGACGCCUCUUGCGUCGGAGAACAGCAUAGAUGCACAGAAACGCGCCGAGCUGGAAGCGGCGAAGAAGCCGCUGGCGGACGAUGAUAAGAAAGUGACUGAGGCGAAGAAGGAGCAGAAGAAAUUGACGAUUGGGCAGAAGAUCAAGAAGGAAGUUCAGCACUACUGGGAUGGUACGAAGCUUCUUGCUACGGAAGUCAGGAUCAGUUCACGACUGGCGUUGAAGAUGGCUGCUGGAUAUGAGCUCAGCCGGAGAGAGUACCGACAGCUUCAACGAACGGUGAAAGAUCUUGGCCGAUUGAUCCCAUUCUCGAUGUUCAUUAUUAUCCCCUUCGCCGAACUGCUACUCCCCGUCGCCUUGAAGCUGUUCCCCAACAUGCUGCCUAGCACCUACGAGGGCCAGAAAGCGCGCGAGAAAAAGGCUCUUAGCUUGAGUUCAACCCGGCAAGAGGUUUCGACCUUUUUGAAGAAUACUCUCAGAGAGAGUGGUCUUCCCGUGACUCCCGCCGCUGUGAGGAAUGAGGAAUUCGGAGAAUUCUUCAAGAAGAUUAGAACCACCGGGGAAACCCCCUCGACCGAGGACGUGAUCAAGGUUUGCAAGAUCUUUAAGGAUGACUUGACCCUGGACAAUCUGUCCCGCCCUCAGCUUGUCGCCAUUUGCAAAUACAUGAACCUGAAUUCGUUCGGUACAGACGCGAUGCUCCGGUACAACAUUCGACACCGUAUGCGUCAGAUUAAGCGUGAUGACCGCGCGAUUUUCUACGAAGGGGUGGCCUCGCUCUCUGUUCCGGAACUGCAGAUGGCUUGUGCCUCACGUGGCAUUCGUACGCAUGGUAUUUCUCCCGCUCGCCUGCGGGAAGACCUGGCGAUGUGGCUGGAUCUGCGCCUCAAGCAAGGCGUUCCGUCCACCCUUCUAGUGCUGAGCAACGCGUUCGCAUAUGCGCAGGGCGGCAAGGAGGCCGAGAUGGCGUCUCAGAUUGAAGCGCUCAAGUCUGUGCUGUCUAGCAUCCCUGAAGAGUUGUUCCACGAAAUUGAGCUCGAGGUCCAUAAUGCCGAGGGCGCUGCCACCAACAAGCAGCGUCUUGAGGUUAUCAAGGAGCAGCAAGAGCUCAUCGAGGAGGAAAACGAGCAGAACAGCCAGCACGAAGAGAAGGGCGUUACGACCCCCAAGGACAUUGAGGAUAUCGACGAAACAGAGGACGCGAAGUUUGAGGCGUCGAACAGCCAAGAAAAGCAAUCCAACGAGGCUGUGGAGGCUGAGAAAGAAGGCGACAAGGCCGAGCAGACACAGUCAGAAGACCUGGCGGCCAAGGAGAAGGAUGAGAAGAAGGGAGGUUCCUCGCAAUAGAGUGUCGCCGGCAGUUGAUUCUCCUUCUAUUUCCCCUCGCCUCGCCUUCUGCCUGAGAUGAUAAAUCUCCCAAACGAAUAGACUUGCAUUUUCGUCUGAUUUUCCACAGGCGCUCUCUACCACUUCCACCUUGUUUUACUUUCCACUCUUGAUAGACUUCUUCUUGUUCGGUGCGUCUGAUGUCCAUUCUCUUGGUCGGAACAGUCUCCUCCGCUUACCAUCUUUAUUCUAUUUAUGUGAUUUUGAUUAAUGGUGAUGUAUUGUCUCGAUAGAUAUCAGGAAGUUCGACGGAGGUUUGGCACCGGGAGAGGGUUUUCGCAUUGACCCACUGGGCUGUUCUACAUUAUGAUCAAUAUUAAUGGCCAACUCUCUACCUUUCUUCUUGUUCAUUAAAUUCGUUGACUUCUGGAAAAUGAUGUAAGAUUAGAUGGAUGCAUGCCAAAGUUGAGUCCAA